AUGGCAAACUUCAAGAAUCCCUACGAUUGUGGGGUUCACAAAAACUGUGCAGCCCUUCGGCCCAGCAGGUGUGGGAAAGUCGUGAGGUCCACGUCCGGCCUCCUGAGGCACCACGGGACCCUCUCGGUGGCAGCAGUGAGCCGGCCAGAGGAUGAUAUCGAGGAGAGGCUCCUGCAGGAGCCGUUGAAGCAUGCGGACUUUUUCAAUCUGCAGGAGCUCUUUUCUGUGCAGGAGCUCUUUGACGCUCGAGUCCACUUCGGCCACAAGAAGAGCAGCCGCCACAGAUACAUGGCACCGUAUCUCUUCGGCUGCCGUUUGGACCACGACAUCAUCGACCUGGAGCAGACGGCGCAGCACCUCCAACUGGCCCUCAACUUCACGGCCCACGUCGCCUUCCGCAAGGGCAUCAUCCUCUUCGUCAGCCGCCAUCGCCAGACUUCCCACCGGGUGGAGACGGUGGCCAAGGAGUGCGGGGAGUACGCCCACACCCGCUACUGGCAGGGGGGGUUGCUGACCAACGCCCGCAUCCAGUACGGCGCCGGGGUCCGCCUGCCGGACCUCCUGAUCCUCCUCAACACUUUCAACAACGUCUUUGACCCUCACCUGGCCAUCCGGGAUGCGGCCAAGAUAAGCAUCCCCACCGUGGCCGUGGUGGACACCAACAGCAACCCCUCCCUCAUCACCUACCCCAUUCCGGGGAACGACGACAGCCCCUCGGCCAUCCACCUCUACUUGUCGCUCUUCAAGACCACCAUCUUGAGGGCCAAGGAGAAGAGGAGGCACCUCGAAGCUUUAUUCCGGCUGCAGAAGAAGUCGGCCAGCCCCAGAGGUACCACCCUUCGCCGCCCGACGCCUAGGGUGGAUGAGGAGAAAGAGCAUUCUAGCUCCUCAAGCCAGGAUUAGUGUCUGCAUACCUGCCGGACCGAAUCUCCCGUUCGUCAGCCUUCCUCU